UCCAUUUCAGUCUGCUGCUGUAACUAUCUGAUCAUGUCUCACUCAGGUGCCCAGGGCAGCAUUGGCAGCCACUCUGCUAUUGGUCUGCGCAAUCAUAAGAUAUACCUCUAUGAAUAUGAGAAUUUCCAGGGUCGUAGGAUGGACCUGUUCGGCGAGUGUCGUAACCUUUGCGAGAAGGGUUUUGACAAAAUUGGCUCCAUCAGGGUCGAGUGUGGACCCUGGGUCGGUUAUGAGCAGCAGAACCUGACCGGUGAGAUGUUCAUUCUGGAGAAGGGAGAGUAUCCCCGCUGGGACACCUGGUCCAACAGCUACAGGUGUGACCGCUUCAUGUCAGUUAGACCUGUGAAGAUGGAUGCCCAGGACCAUAAGAUCUGCCUGUACGAGUGUCCAAACUUUGAGGGCCGUAAGAUGGAAGUCUGUGAUGAGGACAUUCCCAGCCUGUGGUCUUAUGGCUUCCAGGACCGUGUCGCCAGUAUUCAGGUCACCGGUGGAACCUGGGUGGGCUACCAGUACCCUGGCUAUCGUGGCUUCCAGUAUGUGUUCGAAAUGGGCCCUUUUAAGCACUGGAAUGAAUGGGGAGCCCACCACCCCCAGAUCCAGUCCAUCCGCAGGGUGAGAGACAUGCAGACACACCGCAGGGGCUGCUUCGAGAUGACCGCAUAGAUAACAGUCCGCCACACUGUGGGCUUACAGGAGGGAAUAGCAAGGGGUCAGGCUCACCACGCUGCUAACCAUCCCCUGGAAAUUCUUCAACAGCCACUUAGCCACACCUGCUAAUGGCUUUUGAACAUUGUUAUUGCUUUUACUGGUAGGAGUAUGUGGCUUCGUGAAUGAUUCUUAUGAGAAGUUCGGACUGUCACAAACUUGUAAAUACCGUAAAAUUGGUAGCAAUGCUCUCUGUCUACAGACCUCAUAGAAGGAUGCUAGGAUUUACUGUAUUUAUGAAAGCUUAAAGUUUGUGUUCAUUAGUUUGUUUCAAUGCAGUUAUAACCCUUUUAUUUCAUUUUAAUUUCAUUUACAAUGUGUUUCAAGCUGAAAUGAUGCCAAUAAGCCUGUUCAAAUGCGCUCUCUUGCUCUCCUGGGAUCCACUGAGAGUAAAGGGGUGUACAAAAAUCACAUAUUUUCUCACAGAGUUCUACCAUGGACAGCUCUCAGCUCUGCACAUGCCCUGCAGUAUGAUAUCCAGGCAGAGUGAGGCGCUGUCUCCUCAUCACAAAGCAUAAAGGCUCACUUCAAGGAAAGACCAGUCUGUCAUUAAACCGGAGAAAUGGGGCUGUGCAGGGUUGUGUUUUGAGCAGAUGUGAACAUCAUAUUGCUGAUGGGGUUGUCCAGAAGAUUUGCAUUUGACACUUUCUCAGGGAUGCUGGCAUCUGGAACAACUUU